AUGGAACGGGCUCCUUUGAGAUUGCCACUGAAACCAGAUGAUGUUCUCAUGAAAAUCAUUUAUGCCGGUGUCAAUGCUAGUGAUGUGAAUUUCAGCUCAGGACGGUAUUUCAGUGGGAACAACAAAGACAUUGUAUCCCGCCUUCCAUUUGAUGCUGGCUUUGAGGCGGUGGGAAUAAUAGCUGCUAUAGGUGAUUCCGUUAAACAUUUAAAAGUUGGCACUCCUGCUGCAAUUAUGACAUUUGGAAGCUAUGCCGAAUUCACAUUGGUAGCCUCAAAACAUAUCCUUCCCGUGGCAAGACCAGAUCCAGAAGUUGUUGCCAUGCUCACAUCUGGACUAACAGCAUCCAUAGCUCUAGAAAAGGCAGCACAAAUGGAAUCUGGAAAAGUAGUUCUUGUCACCGCAGCAGCAGGAGGGACGGGGCAGUUUGCCGUCCAGCUGGCCAAGCUAGCUGGAAAUAAGGUUGUUGCAACUUGUGGAGGCAGAGACAAGGCCAAGCUUUUAAAGGAUUUGGGAGUUGAUCGAGUCAUUGACUAUAAAACAGAAAAUAUCAAAACCGUUCUAAAGGCCGAGUUCCCUAAAGGUGUUGACAUAAUCUACGAAUCUGUCGGUGGGGAAAUGUUUGAUCUGUGCUUGAAUGCUUUGGCUACAUAUGGACAACUUGUUGUGAUUGGAAUGGUUUCUCAGUAUCAAGGAGAACAUGGGUGGAAACCACAAAAUUAUAUGGGACUGUGUGAGAAGCUUCUAGCAAGGAGCCAGACUGUGGCUGGCUUUUUCUUAGUACAAUAUGAUUAUCUGUGGCGACAGCAUCUAGAUAAGCUAUUCCAUCUUUAUAACUCGGGGAAGCUCAAGGUUGCUUUAGACCCCAAACCAUUUUUAGGUGUUCAUUCUGUUCCUAAUGCCGUUGACUAUCUUCACUCGGGCAAAAGUGUUGGCAAGGUUGUUGUCUGCAUUGACCCAUCAUUUUGUCAAAACUUGGCAAAAUUAUGA